UAUUUUUCUUCUUGUAACAUGUUAAAUGUUAAUUAAAUAAUGUUAUUGACAACAAACUAUAUCUUAGCAGAGAUGAACAAACUAUUAUUUUUAUAUAACAAAGAAGAGUUAUAAUAUAGGACAUCAUUUUUUUAAAUAAACAGGUUACCCAGCAUUCUAUUCAUUUAUGUGAAGUAUGGUCUACGUAACAUGGUGUAAUACUUAAAUGAAUCACCGAUAGAAGGGUACAAAAGGAGGGCCGCUUAUCGAAGAAUUCAGUAUAACAAACGCUAUCGUGGAAAUACCAUAAAAUAAUUAAGUUAAGUUUCUAACAAAUUGGACUAAUUGUGUGGCCAUAAAAGAAAAAUCAGCUUGUUGAAGAUUAUUUAUAAUACAAUUUCAAAGAAUCAGUCAUCUUCUAUAUAGACGAAAUGGAUAAUAAUUUAUCAAAUAAUUUAUGUAAUGCUAUUGAAAAGAGAGAUUUAAAGAAAGUAAUAGAUUUGAUUUCUGAAGGAGCUAAUGUCAAUGCUUGUGGUCAUACUGGUAUGUUUCCUUUGCAAAUCGCUAUAAAAAGGGAAUCUAAAGAGAUCAUAGAAGAACUUAUAUAUAAAGGUGCCAAUGUUGAUAUUGAAGUUCAAAAUAAAAAACUUGUAGAAUAUGCAAUGGAAGAAAGUAACAUCGAUAUAGUUAAAUUAUUAGUGGAGAAAGGUGCCACUAUUAAAUUUCAUAAUAAUAACGAAGAAAAUAUUCUACGCUAUCUUAUCAAGAAUGGCAUGUUAAAACUGCUACAGUGUAUUAUUGAAGAAAUUAAUAUUAAUUUCCAAACACAGGAUGGUCAUACACUUUUAAUUAUGGCAGCUGAAGAAGGACAAUUGGAAAUUGUUAAGUUUUUAUGUAAUAUGGGUAUUAACAUAAACGCACGCAGUUCUAGAAAUAGUACAGCAUUACAUUUUGCCAUAGGAAAUUCAUCUGCUCCGAAAUUGGAAAUUGUACAAUUUCUCAUUGAUAAUGGUGCAGAAAUUGAUGUACAAAAUUCAUUUGGUUAUACUCCAUUACAAAAUGCACUCUAUAACAAUAAUUUGGAAGUAGCUAAACUUUUAGUAGAAAAGGGUGCUGAUGUAAACAGAAUUUAUAUGAAUACCCAUUAUGCUCGACAGAGAUUAGGAGGUACACUUUUACAUUGGGCUUGUCGAAAUUAUAAUUCAGAUCAAGCAAUAAAAUUCCUUAUUAAAAAUGGAGCAAAUAUUAAUGCUACAGAAUUCGAUGGUAGAACACCUCUUUGUUUAUUAGUAAAACACGGUGGAACUCCAGAAAUGGUAAAAUUUUUUGUAGAAAAUGGUGCAUAUCUUAAGAAUACAGGUGGCGGUAGUCCAUUAUAUUGGGCUAUCUAUAGCCGUAACAUACAAUUACAAACCUUAUUAAUAGAAUUAGGUACAGAUGUUGAUGGUAAUAUAGACAGCCAUGAAGGUUCCAAAGCACCAUUGCAUUUAGCAUACGAUUUAUCUAUAGUAAAACUUCUAAUAGAUAAGGGAGCCAAUGUAAAUAUUAAGGAUAAGUAUGGCUGCACACCAUUACAUUGUGUUUCUAAAAUUUCUUUAGCAAAAUACCUCAUGGAAAAUGGUGCUGAUAUUCAUGCCAAAAACAAUGAUGGAGAAACACCUUUACAUAAAGCUUCUCAUUUUCUUAUAGUGGAAUAUUUAAUAGAAAAAGGUGCAGAUGUUAAUAUUCCUAAUAAAAACGGGUAUACACCAUUGCACUUUGCCAGAAACUUAAUUAUGGCAAGACAUUUGAUAGAACACGGUGCUAAUAUUAAAGUCGUUACGAAAGAUGGAAAAUCUGUAUUACAUGGUAUUAUUGAAGCACAUUCAGAUUUUAAUACAAGUUUUGACGAGAUGUCAGAUUUGAUAAAUUUUUUAAUUAAGAAAGGUAUAGAUGUUAACGCUACUGAUCAAAAUGGUAAUACAUUAUUGCAUUUGAGUGCUGAAGAAAAUAACACACAGGCAGCGAUUGUAUUGCUUGCAAAUGGUGCAAGUAUUUCUGCUACUAAUAUUGAAAAUAAAAAACCAGCAGAUCUUGGUUACAUGUUAUCAACUCUGAUUGCUAAUAUAGAAAAAAUAUUUGAUGCUGUGAAAAAAAAAGAAUCUUGGAAAACUAUAGAAUCUUUAUUGAUACAUAGAAUACGAUGCUUUCAUAUUACAUUAGAUGAUUUUAAAACAACUAUAUUACAUUCCAUGGUGAUAGAAAAUAAUAAAAAUAUGGUAGAAAAUUUGUUUAACACAUUAAGGAGAAAUAGGAUUAAUUGCAUUACUAAAUAUAAUUUGGUAAAUGCUCGAGAUAAAAAUCAGUGGAUGCCUUUACAUUAUGCUGUAAAAGGAGGAAAUGAGACGAUUGUUACAUAUUUAUUGGACAAUGGUGCAAUAUAUAAUGCUGACGCUUCUAAUAAACCAAUAUUACUUACUGAUAAUUUUAAAAUUAAAAAUAUACUUGAAUUAACAGAAAAAUUGUUUGAAUAUAUAAAAUUAGGAAAUGAGACAAAAGUUGCUGAAUGUAUACAAACACAAAAAGAAAUUAUCAAUGCUAGACAGAAUAAUGGCAAUACUCCUUUACAUGUUGCUAUUUAUUAUGAUCAUUUCAAUAUUGCAAAGCUGCUAUUAGAUAAAAAAGCUGAUUUUUCUCUAAUUAAUGAUACAAGAGAUACAGUGUUACAUUUUGCUACUGUCAAGGGUUAUGAGGUUAUAGUCGAAACUUUACUAGAAAAAGCUAACAAAUUACAUGAUAUUGUCAAUGUAGAAACAGUAAAUGGCAUGACUGCACUUCAUUUGGCUGCGAAACACAAUUCUAUAAAACUUGUAAAACUUUUUUUGAGUUAUGGUGCAAUUUAUAAUGCAAAAAAUGAAGAUGGUCAAAUGCCGAUUGACUUAUCUACGGAUAAAGACAUAAUGGAUUUUUUCAAAUUUAUAAAUGAAUUAUUUGAAGAUGCAAAAUAUGGAAGAACUGAAAUUAUAAAUAAAUUAAACAAUUUAAAUAACGACGAUUUUCACGCAAUUCAAAAUCUUCAUAAUCGGCAAAUGUAUACAUUGAUGGAUAUUGUAAAAUUUAAUGAAUAUGAUAAUAUUGCUGCAGAAUUUUUAAAACUAAAUUUAGUUAAAUUGGAAACAAAAAAAGGGCUAUCUAAAACAGCUGAAAAAAAUGAAUAUUUCAGCGACAGCGACGAGGAAGAUCUCGGCUUUGGUUUAUUUGAUUAAUUUAAAAUAAAAUAUAUGUAUAUUUAUAUUUUAA